GAGAACGGGAGCCAGUUGCUCUGCUACAGCAACAGGCGGCAGCAUGUCUGAAUUCAAAUCCAGUCAGCGGUUCCACAGCCUGAAGCCUGAGCAAGUGGCAGUUCUCCAUCAGGUUCUAUCUGACAUUGUUCCCAUCCACGGCCGUGGGAACUUUCCGACCCUGAAACUUCGUCCUCGAGACAUCAUCAUUGCCGUACGGGCUAGUCUCCAGAAGCAGGGGAUCAUGGUGAGAGACGUACGCCUAAAUGGCUCCACAGCCAGCCAUGUUCUGGUUCAAGAUAACAGAAUGAGCUACAAAGACCUGGAUAUCAUAUUUGGGGUCGAGCUGCCCAGUCAGGAAGAGUUCCAGGUGAUUAAAGAGUCAGUACUUGGCUGCUUGCUGAACUGCCUGCCAGCAGAGGUCAACAGAGAGAGGAUAAGCAGCGCAACGAUGAAAGAGGCCUACGUCCAAAAGAUGGUCAAAGUCUUUAAUGACCAGGACCGCUGGAGCCUCAUCUCAUUGUCCAACAACAGUGGCAAAAACCUGGAGCUCAAAUUUGUAAGCAUGCUGAGGAGGCAGUUUGAGUUCAGCGUUGAUUCCUUCCAAAUCAUUUUGGAUCGUCUUCUUGAAUCCUACUUCUCAGGUCUGCAAGCAGCAGGCUGUGUCCCUGCAGUCGAGGUCCUGGCUGAGAGCAUGUAUGGUGACUUUGAGGCCGCCAUGGCCCACCUGCGCUAUCGUUUAAUAGCUACGAGGAACCCUGAGGAGAUUCGAGGUGGUGGCUUGUUGAAAUACAGUAACCUACUGGUCAGGGAUUAUCGACCAGCCAGUGAGACUCAAAUAAAGACACUGGAGCGAUACAUGUGCUCACGCUUUUUCAUUGAUUUCCCUGAUGUGCAAGAGCAGCAGAGGAAGAUCCUAUCCUACUUGAAGAAUCACUUCAUCGGUGAGGAGAGAAGCAAGUACCAGUACCUAAUGACACUACGUCGUGUGGUUGACGACAGCACCGUGUGUCUGAUGGGCCAUGAGAGGCGUCAGACUCUCAACAUGAUCACAGUGCUGGCAUUGAAGGUUCUAGGAGAACAGAACAUUAUCCCCAACACAGACCAUGUCACAUGCUUCUAUCAGCCUGCUCCGUACCUUGCAGAGCACAACACCCCCUAUCUAACAGAGCCCAGUUACUGCAGCUACUACAUACCCCAAGGGGGAUCGACUCUACUUUACCAACCGUACCCUUUGCACUUGCACACACAGACGGGACUAGUUUAACUGGAAAGCAAACAUGCAUGAAAAGUUACACAAAACACACAGCAAAGGGAAAACCUGCUUGUUAUGAGCUAGGAG